AUGGCCAAGAAGACCUUCCGAAUCGUCGUUCUGCCAGGGGACGGUAUUGGCCCCGAGGUCAUUGCAGAGGCUAUUAAAGUGCUCGAGGUCGUCUCAGCGACCUCACCUGACGUUGAGCUCAAGCUUGAGUCACAUCUCUUUGGAGGAUGUGCUAUCGAUGCCACAGGACAGCCCCUCCCUGAGUCCACCUUGAAGGCAUGCCAGGAGGCAGAUGCCGUUCUCAUGGGCUCUAUCGGUGGUCCCAAGUGGGGUGUUAACAGCAAAGUGCGUCCUGAGCAGGGCUUGCUCGGGAUACGUAAAGCCCUCGGACUAUACGCGAACAUUCGCCCGGCCAACUUCGCGUCCGACGCACUCCUCGCUAACUCCCCGCUGAAGCCCUCCGUCGCCCAAGGUGUAGACAUAAUCGUCGUCCGUGAGCUUAUUGGCGGCGCGUACUUCGGUCCGCGAAAGGAGUUCGGCACAGGCCCACAGGAGGACACGGCGUACGACACGAUGAUCUACAGCGUGGACGAGGUGAAGCGCAUCACGCGUGUCGCGGCGCAGAUCGCGCUGGCUGCGAACCCACCCCUCACGAUUCAUUCAAUCGACAAGGCCAAUGUUCUUGCGAGCUCGCGUUUGUGGCGCAAGGUCGUCGUGGAGACGCUGCAAGAGGAGUAUCCUCAGCUGAAGUUCGACCACCACCUGGUAGACUCGGCAUCUAUGAUCAUCGUCGCAAAUCCGAGGAAGCUCAAUGGCAUUAUCCUUACCGAGAAUCUGUUCGGAGACAUCCUUUCGGACGAGUCGAGUGUGAUCCCGGGAUCGCUGGGCCUGCUACCCUCGGCUUCACUUGCCGGUGCUCCCUCAGUUGCGGAUGCAACUGCACCCGACUUCAAGUCGACUCCAGGCAUUUACGAGCCCAUCCACGGGUCCGCGCCCGACAUUGCCGGACAGGGCAUCGCGAACCCGAUCGGUACUAUCCUUAGUGUCGCUAUGCUCCUCCGCUACUCUCUUGGGCUGGAGAAGCCAGCCGCAGCAAUUGAGUUGGCUGUGCGCAAGGUGCUCGAUGAGAAGAGCCAGGGUGGGGAGGAGCUCAGAACCGCUGACUUGGGCGGGAGUGUGAAGACGACAGAGAUAGGCGACAAGAUCGUGGAGUUGUUGAAGAGAUUGCUGUAA